UGCUCUUCUUCUAAGCCUUCAAAAAGCUCACUCUUUCUCUCUCUACUGUAAAAAAAAAGAAAAAAAAAAGAAAAAAACAUUGCCCUUUCUUACUCGUCUAAUUUUCUUUCGUUUUCUCGGGAAAUAUUUGAUUUUUCGAGUAAAAUUCUGGUUCUUUUCCACAAUGCCAAUCAACAAAGAAUCCACGCCUCCGCCAAUUAUCGGAAAAGCCGGCCGGUACACGGUGUUCAUCACUCCUCCUUCUACUCCCAAACCCUCCGAAAAUGGCCUGCCUAGCUCUCCCAAGAAAGUGGCGGUCUCGACUCCGCCGCCGCCGGUGCAGCCUCCGCCGCAUCGGUUCGAGAAGCAGCCGCCGCCUGCUUCGGGCGCCUCGGUGUUUGGGUUAUUCUGGGACGCGGUGGCUAAAGUGCAGAAUGCGCAUUCGAGUUUGGAUGAGUAUUUGGCGGAUUGGUUCGGGUUGAAUCAGUCGAAGUAUCAGUGGGCUUUGGAUGAUUACUACAGAGGCAAGGGUGUGGGAAGUGAGGAUGCUAAAGCUAAGGAAAUGACCGGAAAAGGGCAGAGUGUGUAAAAUACUGCAAAAGGACAGGAUGUAAUGUAAAUUAAGCAAGAAUAUGUGAAGUCUGUCUGGGAUGCUUGAAGAAAAUUCUUGUCCAAGUCUCUGGGACUAUAGUUAUUGUUGUUGUGAUUACUGAUUAUCUACCUCUAUCAUGGCCGCAUCAGCCAACAGAGUAUUUGUCAACUCUGAGCUUUGUUGUCUCACUGUAAUCUUUCUUCUUUCUUUGUUGCCUGUGAUGCAUAUUUUGGAUCGACUCACCAACAUAUAUCAUCUUGAAAAGUCAAAAGAGACUGACUUGUUAUAUGAUAUUUUAUCCUGCUGAUUUUAUUUUUCGAA